AUGAACGACCUUAAGCUGCUCAACUCCCUUUUGCAAAGUAAUUCUUUCAGCGACGCUUUAGUGCGAGAUACGCUAGACUUUUCGUCUCCACGUCAGAAGACUGACACGUUGCUCAGCAUACGCUGGCACUUCCUCUUGGGUUCCCUUCCUGUCGACGUGGACCCUGAAAAUGCACCGACCCACUGCACAGAGGCGUGGCGCGCCAUAUGGUCGGGGUGGGAAAGCAUUUCACAGAAACGUGCAAGGCUGUGUGAAACCAGAGGUAGUCAUUCUCACUUCAAGGCUGUAAAGCAAUCCCGGUUCGAUCCUAGCAGUGACAGUGAGUCAGAAAGCGGCGAUUUUUGCACGAGAUCACCGGCACAGGCUGGCGGUAAGGGGUGUGCGACGAGGGAGAAUCCUUUGCGGCCUGAGGCUAACAGUCCGUACGCAGUUCAGUAUUUCAUUGAUCAGAUCUGGAAAGACGUCAAGAGGGAUGUGGAUCGCUUAUUUUGGGACCUGCCUAUUUUCAAUAAUCCCCAGACCAAGUGCGACAUCACAAAUAUUCUGAUUAAUUUCUGUUUUGAGGAGCAAAAGGAGUAUCGCCAAGGUCUGCAUGAAAUUGUUGCCUUUUUGUAUUACAUCUGCCACCGUGAUGGGUGUCUUCUAGAGACGUUAAGAGGGGAGACCAUACGAUUCCCGGCAAAGGAAGCCGGGUUUUGGGAUUACGUUUCGCUGACGUGUUCUUCUCCCAGUGGCCUUCUUAGCUCGACAUACGCCCUUUUUAAGAGGAUCAUGUCUCCUGACGGCCUUGGGCUUGGUCAUUGGUUUUAUAAUGAUGAGGAAGACGAGACGCAAAACAACAUAGCAAUCGUAUCUAAGUGUGUGCAGAGUGAUAUUCUGCACCGCAUAGAUCCCGUGCUACAGAGCACGCUAGACGACGAUUAUGAUAUUCAAGCAGUUUCCUACAUGGUGCGCUGGCUCCGACUUCUAUUUUUGCGCGAGUUUUCCUUUUCCCAGAGCGCCCUGGUAUGGAGUACAAUUUUCGCGGAUGCGCAUAUUUGUAGACGAAACAAACAACCGUUUAAUUUGAAUAAAAGCUUCUCGCUGUUCUUAGCGGCAACCAUGCUGCAUGUGAUCCGGGAUGAGCUAUGCAAUGGUUAUGUCACCGCUCUACGCCGAUUAAUGAGCUACCCACCUGUCAAGGAUAUUUGUAUGUUGAUUACAAAAGCCGCAUCUUUUGCCGAUUCCACAGAUCUCCUGAUAUAUAUCCAGCCACCGUUAGCACAGGGAGACGACUGUACAGUCACACAGCAGGUGCGGCAACCACGUGCCGCCGAAGCUUCUGAUGUGCUCUCAACCAGAAAUAUUAUAGCCAGCCAAGGUCAACAUAUAGCUUCCAUAAUCGAGCGCCUAAGCAAACCGCUAUAUUCAUCCUCGUUACUAAGCGAUGCUGAAAAGGAACAGUUUGAAAGUAACUAUUUGCAAGCGCUAGCAGAACUCAAAAAGGUUCGUGAUGCUCUUCUUUUUGGUGUGUCUGAUUAGCUGUUAGUCUAUCUAAUUUCUUGUGAAAUCUUUAUUCAAAAGGAAGUCAGUGCAUUCGGGGUAUAAAUCUAUAUUUAUACCAUUAUCUAUAUCUACAUAUAAUACGUUGAGCUAUGAAAUACAAAACAUCAUGAGUGCUAACAUGCUGCUUCCCUUCUAUGCUUUUCUAUUUAUGUCUUUCCCAUACUCCGUUUAGAAAUGCGCUCGUAUGAGUCUCGUUCAAAUGAACACUAUACUAUUCGGAAUAAAGGGAAAGUGAUCCUGGAAGGUUGAGGCUUGUUGCACACAAUGAAAUUUCGGUUACCAAAUUCAGUUACCGUCUUGUUGAUUCACUCUUUUGAACUAUAGUCAUCACUUACACCUAGGGGUGAUCGUUUACCUUUUUUUUCAUGAUUGAACCCUCUCUUGCAGUCUUUUUAUCAAGGGAGUAAGGGGGUAUCUACUACGGCCAGGUUCAAAGAUAAUACCGUUUAGUAGCAGAUGGACUACAGCGCCAAAUAUACACCCAUGUCAUGAAUCUUAUUCUCGGAAACACGAAAAUAACUUGGUAUGAGAAGAUGUCUAUCUAUAAAGUUGUGGUGUUUUUAGUGUUACAAAAUCGUGGAUGAAUUCUAACCAAGUGGACAGGGUUCGAUUUUUGAUUUUUACUCGUGCACUGCACGCAUAAAAAAGGUUUCUCAGGUCACACUUAGUCAACAUUAUACUGUUAAAGAAAGUUGAUGUUAUGGAGAUCAUAAAGACAUUGACUACAUUAGUUGGCAUCCCUACGAAUACUUUGCUAUGGAAUUCCUCACGAUUAGGUAUACAUCUUGCGAAUAUCACAUAAGUGUGUAAUGACUUUUUUUUUUUGUUACGAGAAAUCAAUCAAGAGGGUCAUUGUUGGAGUAUGCACGCUUCGGCGGCUAUGAAAAGUCUCUUUGGUUAACUACAAAACGGGAUAUCACGCGCUCGUGCUAGGGGGCAUGACGGAAUAAAAGUGAGCCUAUAGAUGUGCUUGGAUUCCUCUUUUUGUGCAACUUCUUUCAGCGUCAUUCUAUUGGCCAUAUAGUAGUGUGUCGUAGUGAAUAAAAUAAAAAAAUUAUUACAAAUGAACUUUUUCCAAGUGUAUGAUGUGCAGACUCUUCAGAGAAAAACAGACUUGUUUGUAAUCGGUGAAAUCGGUCUAGUACUUGUGCUGGUAGUGGUCAUUGGGAUAGCGCUACAGCGGCUUCCAGCGUUUUUGGUGCAUUCUUUUGCACUAACACAUGGUGUGGCGCGCACAAAGCCUAGGGCGAUUCCUCCAGUUCAAUGCCACCACGCACAAAACGUGAAAGCUCCCCGGAAGUCGUUGGAUCGCUUAUCGGAGAACACUGAGGUGGGAGUUGAAAAGGUUGAGCAUGUUGUCGGUAGCGAAAAUGGCGUUCUUUCUGGUGCGCUAGACUCAUUUUUUGAGCAGGAGGAGCUUCUUGAGGAAUCACUUUUAGACGCAAAGGUUUCGAUGGGUAUUCAUGAAACUAGCACCGCUCAGGGUACCAAAGUAGGGAGGCGCUUGCAACCAUCCAAAGAGCCUCCAAUGAAAGCGUCUGAUUUAAAGCGGGAUUCUGCGCAAGAAAAGGUCCGGGAUUUGAACAAAAAGUCCACUGUCGCUCCCCAGAGCCAAAAGUUGUCCAGAAACGUUUUUUCAGACCCCAAUACUACUUUAGAUGCUGCGCUAAAUGAUUUUUGGGGCCAAGAGGAUAUUCUAGACGAAGCCAUCAUUGAUUGUGCCAUUGAGGAGGCCAAACAUUCCGCCUAACCUUGGCACCGAGCUACGUUACGUAAGGGGGGUCAGUGCUGUGAGGCUGCUUUAUUAAUGCUAAGUCGGCAGUUAAAAGGUUCAGAGUGAUGUCAAUGUGAGCAAGCCCUAUUAUUUAUUGGAAAUUUGAGAGAGUGCGAGCGGUCAA